AUGAGCGUGAUACUCUGCACAGCUGGCUAUGACCACAAUAUCCGGUUCUGGGAGGCAUUGUCGGGCAUUUGCAGCCGAACCAUCCAGCACCCUGAAUCACAGGUCAACCGUCUAUGUAUCACUCCAAACAAGCGAUAUCUUGCUGCAGCAGGUCGCCAUGUCGUCAGACUUUACGACAUCGCCUCUACGAAUCCGAAUCCUGUGAUGACCUUCGAAGGACACUCAAACAACAUCACAGGAGUUGCGUUUCAUUGUGAAGGGAAAUGGAUGGUGACAAGUUCUGAAGACUGCACGGUAAGGGUCUGGGACACAAGAUCAGGCACACAACAGCGCAACUACACGCACUUGAAUCCCGUGAACGAUGUCGUCAUUCAUCCGAACCAAGGCGAAUUGAUCAGCGCAGAUCGAGGUGGAAAUAUUCGAGUGUGGGACCUUGGUGAGAACCGAUGCACGCAUCAACUCAUUCCAGAAGACGACGUGGCAGCAUCCAGUGUCAGCGUAGCUAGUGAUGGUUCACUUCUUGCUGCAGGUAACAACAACGGCAAUGUCUACAUCUGGCGCAUGUACCAAAACCAAGACUCUACCACACUUCUUCCGUGUCGAUCAUUCAAGGCUCAUCGGCUCUACCUUACCCGCCUUCUUAUAUCUCCGGAUGUCAAAGCUCUAGCAACAUGUUCAGCUGAUCACAGCGUCAAGAUUUGGAAAAUCGACCCUGCUGAAGAGUACCUCGAGGAACCACCAAAAGAUAUGCCCAACAACGACGGAAAAAGUAGCACUACCCUGAAUGGCUUGGCGCUGGAAUUUGGAAAGAAACCAAUGUCCACUAACGCCACGUCCUUCGGUAGGGUCAUCCACCCUGUUCCGAACGGCACAGCAAAAGGAGAAGUAACUUCUGUUCCAAGCACCCUCGCAAACGGCGAGGUCGCCGACUUCCCUGGCGAGAGACCUUUACCCUGUGAGACGGUGCUUGCUGGUCAUCAACGUUGGGUUUGGGACUGCGCUUUCUCUGCUGACUCCGCAUACCUAGUCAGCGUCAGCAGUGAUCAUUAUGCACGGUUGUGGGAGCUUUCAACUGCACAGAUCAUCCGACAGUACAACGGGCAUCAUCGUGGUGCUGUGUGUGUUGCGUUGAAUGACUACUCAGAACCUCGCUAA